CAUGGACCCGGACCCGGACCGGUACCAGAAGGUGUGUUUGUCCCAGAACCAGCUGGACUUCCCGGGCCAGCCUUAUUCCGUGUCCGUCCUAAAGGUCGGAUACUGCGUCCCUCAGCCCGGGGGGGCGUCCAAAGCCGACGGGACCAUCACCCUGAUCAGGGGGCCCCAGGACAUCCUGGUGGACACCGGGGGGCCCUGGGACCGGGACUUCCUCCUGCAGACCCUGAAGCAGCGGGGUAUGGACCCGGGGGACAUUAGGCUGGUGGUGGGGACCCACGGACACUCGGACCACAUCGGAAACCUCAACCUUUUCCCUUCCGCCCUGACUAUAGUGGGCUAUGACGUCAGUGAGGGAGACGUUUAUCUGGCCAAUCAGCUGGCAGAGGGACAGCCCUACCCUGUGGAUGAGCAGGUGUCAGUAAUUCCCACCCCGGGACACACGGGACAGGACGUGAGCGUCCAGGUGAAGGGGACGUCCGCUGGGACCGUGCUCGUAGCGGGGGACUUAUUCGAGCGCUGCUCUGAUGACGACACCUGGAGGGAUCUGAGUUUGAACGCAGCGGCGCAGGAGGUCAGCCGGCAGAAGGCCCUGAACGUCGCUGAUGUCAUCAUCCCUGGACACGGACUUCCUUUUAGAGUCGUCAGGAGCCCAUGACCACAGGGCUGGGUUGGAAAGGACACGUCUAACGGGGGGACAUUGGGCCCCGUCCCCAAACAAACCUCUGUGCGUCUCUGUGAAGGAAUAAAAUUCAGAGUUUUAAUAAAGUUGCUCGUCUUGUCUGGA